AUGAAGAACUUGAAGGUUUCGUUGGAGCUUUCCUCGGAGCUGGAGCUUCAGCUGGAGGGGGAAACUCUGUUGCUGUCUGCUUUCGAUGUCCAGAAGCGUCGUUUGUUCUUCGCCUCGUCAGCUAGUUUUAUCUACGCAGUCCACCUAGCUUCCUCCCAUGUAAGUGGCAGAAGCUUCUUCACUGUAGAUAAUGGUAACUUCAGAUGCGUUUCGGCUGUAGAGAAAUACGAAAUGCGGUCUUACACUGGACGAAAAACAGAUAUAAUUAUAAUAUACUUCAUGAUAUGAAUGUUUUUUCUGUUUCGGCCUUUGAGCGAUUUGGAUAUACGUUCCGGUAAUUCCUUAAAAUUCAAAAUUAAGUAAUUCGGAUAUUCCUUCCAAUUCGGAAAUGUAGUAAUUUCACUUAAAUAAAAAUAUUUAAAGUUUCCCUGAGGGUUACUCCUUGACUCAAUAACUCGAUUUCAUGUUUUUGAGAUUUACCAAAUACUGGAAUCACAGGUUUUCCUCCGCAAACAGAAACAAUCAUCUAGUCAUUUUGAGGAAAACUCCAUACUACAUUUUUUAGAUUUAUGAAAAACUCAAAACAUGAUUUUGGCUGUUGAAAAUCUCAUAGUUAAUGUUCGAAAUCAGCAUAGAAUGUAAUUCUGAUGCAAUUAGAGUCGUUAAGAAGGCGUAUGAUCAUGGUACUAACAUGUAUGUAUUGAGAACCUUGGUUUACGCAGAAAAAAAUGAAAGUAUUCCGCUCGUGCUUCCAACAUUAUUUGCUCUUCUGACAACGUAAAUGUAGACCAUCGAGUCUUCUAUUCCAUUUACAAUGAGAAUUCUUGGUUAUCUAUUUCAACAGUGAGAGAGUUUUCCGUAGUUCUCUUCUAUGGUCCAUGGAACUCAUUUGUGUCUUUCACAUAAGGAACCAUGGCAACAUACUCGAUUAAUUAUAGAAAAUACGAACCUAUAUGUGCUCAUAAUGACAAACGAACUUGACUCUGAACUCAUUAUAAUUAGUCAGCUCAAAAUGGACUGAUAAAAUGAUUUCAAUGCAGUAGUCUAUGAGUCUGGCGCAAGAAGUUGUUAAAAAAUUUUAGGCAGUAAGUUAACCGCAACCACUAGUGAGAUGCCUGUGAACAUGAUUAAUUACUGACAACCAUGAUGUAAACUUACGGUGGAAUGAAAUUAUUUUUGUUGCCUUCAGUUACAAAGAGGAUGCUCAAGUUUAAUGCUGAACAUGGUCAAAGUUCUGCUAUAACUGUAACUUUGGCCCCUUUAAUUUAUCCUCAAUUAUUUUUUUUAUUGAGCAUCUUCACAUGGCUUUAGGAUUCCUAAUUGUUGUGUAAUGAUUUUUUUUUCUUCUGCUUUAUCACUGGGAAUCCAUUCACCUUUCAACACAACCAACUUAUAAUUUCUCCUGGGAUCUGUAUCUAUUAUCCUGGAUGAUGGUCCGGAAAAUAUAAACGAAGAUGCCAGAUUGUGGUUUGUGAGAUGUAUCAAAGACGAUGAAUCAAAGUAACACAAUGCAGAGCAAUCAGUUUAGUCUCGUCUUCGCAAAUAUGCCAGGCAGCAGUUGUAUUAUCUACGCUUGCCAGAUUACGUAUGAUGUUUUCGUUUUCCUGCUUUAUUUAGGGAUUCACUCUGUAUUUGUUUGAUAAAAUAAAAUGUUUGUGUUUUCCUUGUGGUAUGGAAAGCCAUCUCCCUGGUGUAUUAUCGAGAUUUUUAAAAGCUGUCCAAUGAUACUCUGACAAAAGUGUGUGGGCAAAUAGCUAGUUUUUUCUUAUGGAUAUUACGGACUCAUGUUAUCCAGCUUCCUGGUGUAUUACCGAGAUUUGUAAAAGUUGUAAAACGAUACGCUGACAACAGUGUAAGAAAAUAGCUAGUUUUUUUUAUGAACCUUACGUGCUUAUGUUAUUGUUUUUCAUUUUUAUUUUCUAUAAAAAGGAGGAAAGAUCUUCAAUGGUUGAUUCUGUGCUAUCCCCACAAGGUGAGCCUGUGGAUUUGGAGCAUGGUGAUUGCAUUACUGCUCUCGAAUACCAGAUGGAGAAGGAGGCAUUAAUUAUCGGAACAUCCAGUGGCCAUCUGAUACUGCAUAGUGUGGAUUAUAAUACGACUGAAGUUGUUGGAAAGUUAGAAGGCGGUGUCAAAUCCCUUGCAUCUAGUCCAGAUGGAGCUCUUCUGGCUGUCACUACUGGUUUGGGACAAUUACUGGUGAUGACUUAUGAUUGGGAAGUGCUUUAUGAAACCGAAAUUGAUCCUCAACUCACAGAUGUACGUUAGCCAUGAAAUUUACCUUUUGACUCAUUAAUAUUUCUAGGAUAGACUAUGAUCUGUAAACACUUUAUAUUGGGUUCAAGGAAAGUGAUUUUUUUUUUUUCUCUUUUGCAGGAUAUGAAUCGUCAAAAUUUACUUGUGGAUAUGCUGAAUGGUUCCUCCAGCUAUGAAGUGAACAGUCGCAUCACUUGGCGGGGUGAUGGAAAGUACUUUGCUACUCUAAGUGGACUCCAGAAUACAGCGUGCUCAGGAAAGCUUAAGAUUUGGGAACGUGAUUCUGGGAACUUGCAUGCUACCACUGAUUCCAAGGCUUUCAUGGGUUUUUCCUUGGAUUGGAUGCCCAGUGGAGCUAAAUUAGCUUGUGCUUAUAAUAGGAAUGAUGAGAAGAAGUGCCCUUCGAUAGUGUUCUAUGAGAAAAAUGGAUUAGAAAGAAGUUCAUUCAGUAUCAAUGAAAACAUGGAAACUCAAGUUGAAACCUUAAGAUGGAACUGCAGCUCAGAUCUUCUUGCUGCAUCUAUCACUUGCCGUGAAUGUGAUGCAAUCAAACUUUGGUAUUUCAGCAACAACCAAUGGUAUCUAAAGCAAGAAAUAAGAUACUCGAAAAAUAAUGGGGUCAGAUUUGCAUGGAAUCCAACGAAGCCACUUCAUUUGAUAUGUUGGACUCUAGGUGGCAGGGUCACAACCUACAGUUUUGUUUGGACAACAGCUGUGACAGAUACCUCAGUAGCACUUGUUGUUGAUGAUUCAAGCAUUCUAGUUUCCCCUCUUGCUUUUUCACUCAUGCCUCCUCCUAUGUCUUUGUUCAAGUUGAAAUUUUCUUGUGCCAUUCAGGACAUCACUUUUCAUCCAAAGAAUUCUGAAAGCCAAAUAGCUGUUCUCCUAUGUGAUGGCAGUCUCUCCAUUAUGAAACUACCAUCACCAGAUAAAUGGGAGCAAUUUGAAAGCAAAACAUUGACCUCUGGGUCUUCUAUCUCAGACCUGAUAUUGAGUCCAUUUUGGCAUCUCGCUUGGUUGGAUUCACACAUCCUUCUUGGUGUUUCCCACUCUGAAUAUAGAAGUUAUAAUUACAGAUUAGAGGGUUCUUCCAAGAUACCUUCUUUUGGUUACUACUUACAAGAGAUUGAGCUUGCCUGUUCUAAAGAUUGUGAAGGACUUGCAUUGUCUGAAAGUUGGCACGUUAGAAACUCAAAGAAGUUACCCGUGGAAAGUCCGGUCAUUUCUAUUGCCCAGAAUCCCACGAAGAAUGGCUGUGCAUUUGUUCAGUUAGAUGGAGGAUCCAUUUCUGAGUAUUCGUCAAGCAUGAGCUCCAAGGGCACAUCCAGGUUGCCCCAUCUUCGUAAGCUUGAGUCUGAUAAUGGCUUUCCAUCAUCGUGCCCUUGGAUGAAGGCUGUUCUCGUAUCUGACAAUGGCGUUAUGAAAUCUUUGCUCUUUGGGCUUGACGAAGGCGGCAGACUUCAUGUUGGCAGAAGAAUUAUCUGUAGCAAUUGCACCAGUUUCUCGUUUUACUCAGACUCAGAGAGGCACAUGCAGCAAGUGACCACUCAUUUGGUUCUCACAACUAGGCAGGAUUAUCUGUUCGUUUUCAGCAUGGAUGAGGUUUUGCAUGGGAACCCAGAGACACAGAUUAAGAACAGCAAUCCCGGAAGCAUCCGCAGAGGGAAGGAGGAGAAUAUAGAUUGCAUUCACGUAUGGGAAAGAGGGGCGAAGCUUGUUGGUGUUAUCCAUGGAGACGAAGCAGCAGUUAUUCUCCAGGCUAACCGAGGCAACCUGGAAUGCAUUUACCCCAGGAAGCUGAUCCUCGUGGCAAUUACAAAUGCUCUGGUCCAGAGACGAUUCAGAGACGCGAUGUUCAUCGUGAGACGGCACAGGAUUGACUUCAACAUCAUCGUUGACUACCUUGGUUGGCAAAAUUUUAUAAAGUCAGCGGGGGAAUUCGUCGGCCAGGUGAAUAAUCUCACAUACAUUACUGAUUUUGUCUGCGCCGUGAAGAACGAAAAUGUGAUGGAGACGGUGUACAGGGCUGCCGCCUCCUUGUCUUCCCUAAAAGAGACCUUGCCGUCAGAUCCGAAAAACAAGGUCUCCAGUGUUCUGUCCGGGGUCAGGAGAGCCUUGGAGGAAUCAGUGGCGGGAAGCCCAGAGAGGGAGCUCUGUAUAUUGACCACCUUGGCCCGGAGUGAGCCCCCAGCCAUGGAGGAAGCACUGGGCAGAGUAAAAACGAUACGAGAAAUGGAAUUACUGGGCACUGAUGAAGCUCGGAGGAGAACUUAUCCUUCUGCAGAAGAGGCAGUGAAGCAUCUGCUUUGGCUAUCAGACCCAGAGGCUGUCUAUGAGGCGGCGCUAGGGCUUUAUGAUCUGAACCUCGCCGCCAUUGUGGCUGUAAACUCUCAGAAGGAUCCGAAGGAGUUCCUCCCUUAUCUGGAAGCGCUCGGGCAGCUGCCCCCGAAAAUCAUGAAACACAGGGUCGACCUCAGACUGGGCAGACAUGAGAGUGCUCUCAGGCACAUCGCCUCAGCAGGUGAGUACUAUGAAGAGGCCUUGAGGCUGCUGCAGAGCAACCCAGAGCUCUUCCCGCUGGGCCUUCAGCUGUUCAACGACCCGGCUAAGAGGGAGCAGGUGUUGGAGGCUUGGGGAGACCACCUUCAAGGAGAAAAAUCCUUCGAAAGGGCCGCCAUGGUUUAUCUGAGCAGCUCCGCCUUUCAGAAAGCUCUCAAGGCCUACCGUGCUUGUGGAGACUGGAAGGGCGUUCUUACAGUGGCCGGGCUCCUGAAGCUAGGACGGGCGGAGGUUCUUCAGCUGGCAAACGAGCUCUGCGAAGAGCUCCAAGCUCUUGGGAAGCCGGCGGCGGCGGCCCAGGUUGCUCUGGAGUACUGUGGAGACAUUGGCGGCUGUGUUGGGUACUUGAUAAUGGCGAGGGAGUGGGAGGAGGCCCUGAGGAUCAGCUAUCUCCAUGAGAGAGGGGACUUGAUCUCUGAGGUGACGACUGCAGCCACAGAGUGUUCCACCUCUCUGGUGUCUGAUUACAGUGAAGGAUCUGAGAAGGUGGGCAAGUACUUGGCCCGCUAUCUGGCUGUUCGUCAGAGAAGAUUGCUUCUGGCUGCAAGACUCCAGAUGGAAGAUAAGACGGCGGAUGAUUAUGACGACGAUACUCUUUCUGAGGCCAGCAGCACCUUCAGCGGGAUGAGUGCUUACACCACAAGGUCAACCUCUCUCUCUCUCUCUCUCUCUCUCUCUCGCUGCCUUAUUGAUCAAUUGGGGAUCUUUUUUGAGCAGCACCAUGAAAGGGUCGAGCGUUUCGGCCAGCCAGAGUACGGCCAGCAGGCAAAGGGGAGCGAGAAAGCAGAGAAACAGAGGGAAGAUCCGCGCCGGCAGGUGUGGUCUCUCUGCAUUCAGUUCCUCUAUUUUUCUCGUCAUCCCUCAACGUCGACUUCCCUUAGCGCUGACCACCCAUCUGUCGGCAGCCCCGGGGAGGAGAUGGCCCUCGUGGAGCACUUGAAGGCUAUAGCGUUGACUUCUUCCGCCCAGCGCGAGGUCAAAUCCCUGGUCCUCGCACUCAUAAUGCUGGGCAAGACCGAGGCUGCCCGGCAGCUGCAACGGGCGGCCGACAACUUCAUCCAAUCCCAAGCGGCCGCCGUAAAACUGUGCGAAGAAACGAUCUCCACCGAGAUCGUUGACGAAGCUGCUCACACGCUGGACCGCUACCGGGAGAAGACCGAGGUGGGCCCUUCCUUCUACAGCUCCGUCUUGGCUGUCUGA